CUUCUUACAAAUCCCUAAUUUAACAUAUUGAAAAAAGUGAACAAAUUGAAGAUCGGAUCUUUAGUUUCGUUUCCAAUCACCGACCACCGCUAGUUUUCAGCUCCAUCCAAUGGCUCCGGCGGUGCAUUUAACAUUAAUUGCACUGUUCAUCACAGGCGCCGCAGCAUACACCAAUCACACUGUUGGCGGCAACGCCGGUUGGCUUUUCGAUCCGAAUACCAACACCUCCUCCGCAAAUUACGCCUCUUGGGCAGCUAAUCAAACCUUCGAUCUCGGCGACUACUUAAUAUUCAGGACGAACACGAAUCAGACGGUGGUUUUGACUUACAACGAGACGACGUUCCGAAGCUGUAGCAUUGACAACUCCUCAGAUAGUGAUACGUUAAUUUACGACAAAGGAAACGUUGAGUUCGGCCAGCCGUUGACCGUCGAGGUUCCGUUGACGUUAGAGGGAGCCAACUACUUUUUCUCCAGUGCCAGUGACGGCAUUCAGUGUGAGAACGGGCUGGCCUUUGGGAUCAACGUGAGUCACGGCGUCGGACUUCCUCCGAGCCUCAACCAGCCUCCGCCGCCUGCCUAUGUUGAGCCUCCGUCUAACGCUGAUGGAAGCCUUACGCCGCCGAUGACCAUACAGCCAAGUGGCGCUGGAUUACGCGUUGAUGAUAACGUGCGCAGGGCGGUAUAUUAUGCACUCACGUUCUUUGCCUUUUUUCAAGUGUGAAACAGAAGAGGGGUAGGUAGAUGUCGUGGUUUUUGUAAUUUUCGGGGGCAAAUUCGGAAUCCCAAAUGUUUUGUUUUGAUGUGAUACAAUUGGAAAGUAAGUGGUGGGGUUAAAUUACAAUUCUUUAAACUUAUGGGUUCAAAAUGUAAUUUGAACUGAAAACUUUUGAUUUUUACUGGAUUAAUCCUGGAUGAUGUCAUUUUUAUUUGUAAUAUUUCGGAUUACUCUUUCUU